GGAGAUUUGGCACUGGAAAACUGUGUUUGCUGCUCUUCUCUACCUUAAUCGGGGGAAUUGUUCAGUUGGCAUCACCGAUUCUUUGUCGAUAGCCCUGACAGUUCUGGUCAUGCCGAGGUUGUCCUGGCAAUAACAAGGUAGAAAAUCUGAUUGGCGCGAAGACAGUCCGCCACGUUGGCCUUGACGGGGGGAAGAAUUUAGAUUGGUUGGCCGAAGCAAUUCCUUUUUGUGUAGAGGCCGCAGGAAUUCGCAGGAAUUCCUUCUUUCCGUUUAGAGUCCUGUUCUCUCAGAUCUGGUUGCUCGUUCGGUGAAAGCUUCGCCUUCACCUCAGCAGCCGGUCAGGAUGGGUAAACAAAAGGGGGGUGCAGCUACGCAGACACAACAGAAAGAGAGCGCAUUUAGGAGCACAACAUCCGAUAGGCGUGGCAGAGAUGAGGAGAAGAUGAUGACAGCGACAGGGAAAGGCGUUGUGGCUGGAAAAGGUGGUGUUUUUCAGCAGCCGAUGGUUGCGGCACGCUCUCCGUCUAGUCCUCAACAUGUAGUUAAGAAGGGUCUUCAGGUCCCUGGCAACAAAGGUACUGCUGCAGCUGCUGCUGUUAGAGGAGCCCUUGGUGCUGCAGUGGAGUUGGCAGAGAGGGGUGCAGUGCAGGUUGUGGACGUGGAAAGCAUGAAGGGCCUCCAAAUCUAUUGGAAUCUAGCCUCAAUUGAUGACCGUGUGCGGCAAGUCGCAACGGAAGCGCUCGUGAAAGAAAUUAAGGAAGGGCAAGAAGCGUUCGAGAGAGGUGGCAACGAUGGCAAUGUAAGUGUGGGUGCACUGCUGGGAGGGGGAGACGAAGUGAAAGAACUGCUCAAGGAUUGUUCGCCCGGCCUGCAGUAUGCAUUGCGCAGGCUCAUCAGAGGCAUGGCAUCUUCACGCCAGGGUGCACGGCAGGGGUUCUCGCUGGCCUUAUCUCGCUUGAUGGCCGAGGUCGAGUGCAUCUCGGGGCACGUAGUCUUGAAACUAAUCGACAAGGCGCUGGCGAUCACUGGGAGCAUGAAAGGGAUUGAAGCCCGGGAUAAUUACAAUGGGAGGGUUUUUGCAUUUGGAGCGAUCGUGCGAUCCGAACGGUUGAUUGGCGACGGGACCGAGGACGGUCAAGCUGAUUUGGCGCGGGAAGUGGUCGAUCAGGUUCUCCAGAUCGCUACGCGCAAAGUUUUCCUGAGAGAAGCAGCAGUGCAGAUUGUGCUGGACCUUGCCUCCAGGCUUCCCUCCGAAUCUCUCCAACGUUGCAUAUUCAGCGCUUCUACUUUCACCGAGUGGCUUACCAUGGACGCCGAGCAGGCCUUCCCCGAGGCUGUCCGGCUUGCCUGUGAGAUGUGGGAGCACCUGCCGGCAUCGAUGAUCAAGGACACUCCUCUUCUUCCAGACUCUGGGGAGCGAAGUGGCUUCUUCAAGCCAUCCCAUUUGUCUGUUCUCGUGCCGGCGUUGAAAGCUUCCACACAUUGCCAUCCACGUGUCCACACGGUGUGGCGGCCGAUCAUCGAUCUGCUCUUCUCUGUGUCGCGGACUGGUGUCCCCAUGCAAGCAUCGGAUGUCGGCAAGAAGAAGAAGGAUAAGAAGAAGAAACGAAAGAAGGAUGCAGAGGGGCCUGGGGACGGCGAAGCACGUGCAACGGAUGGAGAUGGUGAUCCACCGCUUGCUUCUUCUUCCGCCACCGAGGCGCAACUGGAUGAAGAAGUGUCAUCGUUCUGGAAUGUUGUUGUUGAGGGAGGAUUGGUGACCUCCUCUCACGAGAGGAGGGCUUUGGCCUUGCAGUUGCUGCUGCUUCUGCUCCCCCGACUGCGAAGCAGUCACCUCUCCAUUGUUUUGUCAAGAGGCAUCAUGCAGUGUCUGUCGGACAGCCUGUUGUCGAAAGAUCGGACUUUGCAUCUGUCUGCGAAGCGGUGGCUGCAGGAACUUGUGGAGUGGGGCGAGAAGGAGGGGGAGAAAAGCGGGAUAAGGGUGGCAGUGCUAGCAGCGCUACAGCAGCAGCACGGUAGAGGAGGAUUCGAUAAGGUCCUUAAGGAUGGUGGUAUUCUUAGACGUCUGUCCGACAGCCUUGGCAAGGACGAGUCAAAGCAAUACCUGAGCUUUCUGAAGGAGCAGUUUCACAGGCCUUCUCCGGAUCCUAGCAGGCUAGAGAACAAUGCAGAUGAAGAGCGGGAGGAGGAACAGCAGAAACAGGAGAAGCGGAGAAUGAUGGCUCAGCGGGAAGAGGAUCAAAUGAUCUGGAUGAUUGACCAGAUGUGCACCGUCUGUAAAAGCAGGCAGCUGGACAUUCUUGCAAAGCGCGAGCUUUCUCUGGAUGUCCUUAAGUUCUUGGUUGUGCAUGCGUUUUUCAGAGUCAGAAAGCCUGUUAAAGGGGAGAAGGUGUGCAUGCCAGAAAUAAAGAGUUUUUGGAAUGACGAUCUGCCAAAAGGCGUUAGAGAGGUAUGUGCAACGAAGCUCGUUGGCUUGGUUACUGCUGUUAGGAACUUGCGCGAACCGUGGGGGGUUCGGCACUCUACUGCAAACUGUCAGGAUGGUGGCGCGAAAAAUACUUCGGAGGAGAGGAAGGACGGAAGGUCGGGUGAGACCGUUGAAACCGAGCAAGGGAAGUCGAGCAAAGGAAGCGUUGAAGAGAAAGACAAUGGCCAAAGGUCCGGAAGUGAUGCCAUACUGUUUGAGUUGAUUGAGUGGGUGGAGAAGAUAGAGAGCCUGCCUGUUGUGACCCCCGUCCACCAGGGCAGUGACGAUGACCAAGUAGUGGGCAGGAUGAUUGGGAGUGCAGUCGGGAUGAUGAAAGGGCAGCUGAAAUCAUCUCGGGGGUUGGACCGAUCAAGUCGUGAAGCAUGCAUGAGACUGCGGUCGAUGUGUGCUUUGCUUGUUCUGCUGCGGCUGCAGGUCAUGAUAGAGCCUGGCACUCUUUCGGAAACUGUGAGGGAGCUGUUGAUUUGUUGUAAGAAGGCAUUUCCAGAUGUGCUGACGGAGCUGGACGUCCAGGGGGGGGAAGCAGAGGGAGAGAAGGACGAACCCGCUUUCAUGGAUGUUUUGGUGGAUAUCCUUUUGUCCCUUCUGGCAAAACCAUCAGCGGGGGUACGUGACGCAGCGGAGAAGGUUUUCCAAUCUUUCUCAGGAAUGCUGACGGAGACUGGCCUGCAGGACAUGCUGCGAGUGUUGAGGAGGCCUGUAGGAGACUCGCGACCGGUGCACCUUGCUGGGGUGCAGAGCGACGAUGAUGAGGAAGAUGAGGACGUGUCUGAAAGUAGUGAUGGUGAUGGAGAGGAUCAUGAUGAGGAUGAGAGCCAGGAUGCCAAUGGUGAAAGAAAAUCUGAGGGAUCAGAAACUGAUGAUGAUGAUGAUGACAGCAAUGAUGGCAACGGCGAGGGCGACGAUGAAGAAGAAGAAGACCACCUCCCAAAGAAGAGAACACUUGGAGGCAAGAAAAGAGGGAGGGAAGAAGAACAGCAACAGCUGGGUAAAGAAGACAAGGCAGGCAAGAGUAGCGGUGAUGAAAGUAGUGAUCUAGAGGAGGGUGAUGACUUAGAUGAUGAGGCAAUGUUCCGAGUCGAUGAGAAGUUGGCGGCCAUGUUCAAAUUGAGGAAAGAAGCUCUUGGGGGGGGAAACGCCAAGGAGUCCAAGCUAGAGCAGCUGCGGUUCAAGUGCCGGGUUCUGUCAUUGAUUGAACGCUUCUUAAAGAACAACUCUGGUAGUCCUUUCGUAGUCAGCAUGGUGUGGCCUUUACUGAAGGCAAUGGCAAAUGCGGCGGUGAUUGAAGAGGGUGCAGAGUUCACAGGUAAGCUUGGGUCCGUUUUGAAAGCAGGAGUUUGCAAGGGGCGAGAGAUACCCAAGGGAGAUGGUGUAGAUAUCACGGCAGUUCGGCAUCUCCACAAGCGGUGUGUGCUCAUGGCUUUCCAGUCGCGCCAUCCACUGAUUGGCAGUGCUGCCGAGGCGUGCUCGCGCUGGGCACUGCGUGUGCUUCAUGCCAACAUUGAAAACCUUGCUCUUGAUGGAGACGCUACCUUGGCAGAGGUUUAUGUCACUGCAUUAGACCGGUAUUUCCUGAAGAAGACAUCCAGGGCGAACCUGGACGCGUUUCUCAAUGUGAUUCGGACUUACGACUGGUUGGGGAGGGGUAUCAUUUCCAGGGUGAUUGUUUACUGUGAAAAGGGGAAGACGGAAUUUUGUCAGGUCACGGCGUUGAAGCUUCUUCUGGACAUUCUGCGAGUGAAAGGGAAUGCUGCCCAUCAUGGACACCCUCCUCCUCACAAGGAGGGGAAGGGCGGUACAAAAGAUACAGCUGCCUCACCAGUUCCCAGAACCUUGGCAGCAGCUACUUCUCCGCACAUUCCCGAAGUAGGCAGAUUGAUUCAUGCAAUGAUAAAGAAAAAGAAAAAGUGUCAGAAAUCCAGCUGGUAUGCAGACGUAUUGAAGGUGUGUAAAUCUUUACUGGAAGCGCUCACACAGGUGCUUAGCGAUGUCCCUGGCUGGGCCCGAGACCUUGAUCUUGCAAGAUUGAUAAGGGCUCUCGAAAAGAAGGAGGAUGGUGAUGCUUUCACACCCAAGGUGCGUGCGGCGGAGGAAGCUUUGUGGACCGUAUGCCAAUCACUGAGCAAAGAAUCUUCGACUGGCGAUGACUCAGGCAAGAGUCGCGAAGGUGGUCAAUUGAAGAAAGAGAAGGAGAAGAAGAAGAAAAAGGAAAAAGAAGGAAAGGGGAAAAGCUCGCUGAAGUUGGCAUCCGCAACAAGUGAUGCUACGACGAAUGGUUCAGCAGAUGGUGUCUCCACGGGGGAUGAACAUGUAGGUCACGGGGAUACCGAGGAGGAGGAAGGAUUGGCAGAGCAGAAGGGAAAGGCAAGCAAUGGAGAGGACUGUCCUUCAAGCAGCAAGAAGAAGAAAAAGAAAAAGGCCGGGCACAACGAAGUCACUAAAGAAGAGGCGGUGGGGAAAAAGAAAGACCGAAGUUUAAAAGCACGAAAGGUCGCGUAAUGUGUGCCAGUCCUUUUCCUUUUGCAUUGUAGGGGGGGGGGAGAGAGAGAGAGAGAGAGAGAGAGAGAGAGAGAGAGAGAGAGAGAGAGAGAGAGAGAGAGAGAGAGAGAGAGAGAGAGAGAGNGAGAGAGAGAGAGAGAGAGAGAGAGAGAGAGAGAGAGAGAGAGAGAGAGAGAGAGAGAGAGAGAGAGAGAGGUAUGGUUGAAUUCACGGCGGGACUGGUGUGGGCUGUGCUCUUGGAUGGACUAUUUGCACCUUUGUGUACUGUACUGUGCAAUUCUCUCCGAUUCCUGGAUGCGAGUGUCAGUUAAGCUUUUCGCUU